AGUAUGGAACAAAUGCACCAUUCACUUUGGCCAUUAUUGAGUCACUACAAUUAUCUUUUUUGACGCCCAGUGAUUGGAAGAUGGUCUGUAAAGCGGCCUUAAGUGGUGGUGAUUUUCUUUUGUGGAAAUCCAAUUUUUUUGAUAAUUGCAAGGAAACUGCUCACCAUAAUGCUCAGGCUAAUAUGGGUCAAGUCAAUUUUGAAAUGUUAGCUGGUGAAGGAGCUUAUGAGGAUAUUAUUCGUCAAAUUAAUUAUGAUCCUCCGGUUUAUGCUCAGAUAGCCUUGGCAGCCCGCAAUGCUUGGACUGCCCUUCCCUCCAAAGGGGACCUUAGCUCUAGCCUCUCUAACAUAAGGCAAGGACAUGAUGAGCCAUUUUCAGAUUUUGUGCAUCGAUUAGUUACUGCUGCAGGAAGGAUUUUUGGUAAUGUAGAUAAUGGCCUGCCAUUCGUUCAGCAGCUAGCUUUUGAAAAUGCUAAUAAACAUUGUCAGGCUGCCAUCCGACCCUAUAAAAGAAAAACAGAUCUCUCAGGAUACAUUAGGCUAUGUGCAGAUAUAGGACCAGGAUAUACUCAGGGAUGGGCACAAGGGAUGGCUAUGGCCGCUGCCGCUCAAGGGAUGAGUUUAGAUACAUUUUAUGCCAAUUCACGCAACAAGAAAGAGCUCACAUGUUUUGGUUGUAAGCAGCCUGGACAUCUGAAGAGAGAUUGCCCUAACAAACCCAGUUCUGGGUCUCGACCAUCAGCUCUAUGCCCUAAGUGCCGGAAAGGGUACCAUUGGGCAUCAGAGUGUAGGUCAAUCUUUGACAAGGAGGGAAAACUCAUCGAUUCUUCUCAGAAAAACAAUUACAGACUUUUGGCCUUUAGCUUUUAUUCAGUAUUCAGGAGAUAUUGACAAUCAUUACCCUGGUGAUAAGCUUAUUCAAUUUGCUAAAAAUCAGACAUUUAUAUUCCCAAAGGUUACCAGUUCGCAACCUUUAAAGGAUGCUUUUUUGAUUUUCACUGAUGGAUCUUCUAAUGGCAUGGCUGCCUUUUUUCAUAAUGAUCAGUCCACCACAUUUCAAACUAAUUAUGCUUUUGCACAA